AUGGGUCGUCAAAUCGUCUCCGGUGGCUGUCAUCUGACGGAGCAGAAAAAUGGCGACUUUGCGGUUCUCCGGUGGCUGUCACCUGAUGGAGAGGAGUUGGAUGGAGGUGGGGCGCAUGUCAAGGAGCUUCAUCAUUAGGUCCACGCAGUAAGAGGAGGCUUUUCAUUGCAUCCGGUAUGUUCUCAAGAGGUGACAACUCGUCUCUCGAUGGAUCGUCCUCUUCCCGACAACGACUUGUUCAUUGAUCAAUCGGAGCUACUUUACUCGAUGGAUUCGCAAUCCUUUUAUUGCAAAUCAUUCAAUAGUUUUAAUAACAAUGCCCCACGAAUUGCGUUAACGAGAUUUUUGUCGAUGAUCCAACGAUUCUGAUGGCUUAAUCCUUCACCGGCGAUCUACAGAAAAGUCGCGAUAAUCAAAUAAAAAAUAUGAGUUUUGGCUCUGGGUGGAUUCAAACCCGCGUCGGUUGCCCACCCUUUCUAGGGAAGGUGUGACGCGAGUUUAGUCUCACAUCAUUUGUGUGCCAAAUUUUCUAGCGAAUAUAUAGUAAUAAUACAUUUAUAAUCAAGUUCCUUUCUCGCGUGUGUACGACCACUCCUUGCCCCACAGCUGGCUGGCCACCGGUGAUGUGGAAGGAGAGUGGCGCACACGUGCCCCUAUUGGUCCUAGCCACUCGAGCCCUUGCUCGUGGCUCCUCCCCAACUGCGCUUCCGACUCGCUUGCAGGCCCGGCUGGCUGGUGGGUCCCCCCUAUUUUGCUAUAUUUUUAUUUUUAUUUAUUUUUCUUCAUUUAUCUCAAAAGUAAGACUGUAAAAAUCAUAUAAAUUCUUUUAAAAUCACAUAAUUAUCCAAAAAUUCACGUUAAUCAACUAAAAACCACUUUUCACACUUUAACACAAAUAUAAGUCUAUUUAUCAUGAGUUAAGGCUAAAAAUAUAUUAUUUACUAAUUAUUAACUUAUGAUAAUGAAGACUUAUCACACCCCCCAACUUAAAUCAUUGCUAGUCCCUUAGCAAUGAAAUUACAAAAAUAAAAAUUUACAAAUCUCAAACAUCAUAUUUCAAUACAUAAAAAAAAAAUGUACAAUUAGAAAUGAUGCACCUUUAGACACUUUGGAUUCUUAUAUCAAGUAUUUAAGAAUGAUGUCAAGCACUUAAAUGUUUAAGCACUCCUUGGAAUAACAAUUUAGACUUCACUUCUUUUGUUCACAUCUUUAUCACUUCUUCACUCAUAGAUAUAUUUACAAGAUGUUUAAAUUAUCAAUACUCAUCCAAGAAUAAUAUUGAUCCUACAUUUCUUUUUUUCCAUGGCUUAAUUUUUGAAUUUUGCAUUAUAUUUCUUCCUUCUUGUUUUUUUUUAAUAUAUAUAUAGUGGAUAAAUAGCUUUUCCUAUAGACAAAUUUCGACAAUAAGAAUGAUGUCUCACACCUUCCAUGUGUACUUUUCAUUUUCAGGGCUUUCACUUUAUCCACUUAUUUUGCAGCAAGUGUUUUUCUAUGCACGAUUUUCGACAAUGAGAAUGAUGUCUCACACCCUCCAUGUGUACUCUUCGUUUUUAGAUUUUUCACAUUGCUCUCUCUUUUUUUUCUGAAAUAACUGAUUUUCUCCUCACAAGUCCUAUAGAUCAGGGUGCAAAAGUCUCCAUUAAACUCAAAUGAUCAAUCAAAUUUUCACAUCAAGUAAAUACUAUCCAUCAAGAUCAUGAAGUGAAAAUCUGUAAAAUCAAAUUCAUGUUAUUUAUCAUAUAUCCAAGGAGUAUUCCAACAUUUCAUGCUACUAGAUCAUUCUUUUGACUCAAUAAUAAUCUUCCUUGUAUCUUUUGGUAUCAAUCAAUCUAAUUGAUUUAAUUUUUCAUGCAUGCAAUAUGAUGUAAGAAAUUUGUAAAUUAAAUAGUUUUGAUAGUUUUGUUUUCUGUUUUCAGUUCUUUUUUUAGCAACAAUAAAUUUGUCAAAAAUAAAUCAAAACUAUUCUCUUUAUAGUUGUAAUUUUGAAUUUCAGUAAUAUAUGUCUAGGGGAUUGAAAUGUGAGAAAGGGUCUCUAGAAUUUCAAAAAUUUUCGGCUGUUUUUUGUUUGUUGUUCUUGACAGAAAAUCAGAAAAUAGAUGUUGUAGUUUUUCCGAAUUUUUUUAUUUUUUAUUUUUUUAGUUGUUGUUCUAAGUGAGCAUGAAAAAAUAAAAAUAAAAUGCCAACACAUGUUCUUAAUCGUCUUACAGCAUAAAUUAAUAAUUAAUACUUCACCCCCCAACUUAGAAAUGACAUUGUCCUCAAUGACAUAGAAAAAUCAAAAUAGAAUAUGCAAAAAAUAUAAUUUUCAAGUGAAGCAUGCAUAUCUGCAAAGUUAAACAUUAAAAGUAUUGUCAUAAAUGAUAAAGCUCAGAAAGACAUCACCUCAACCUCAUUUUUAAUUUUCCACUUCAUCUUACACUCCUCCUGCACUUUUUCCAAAAAAACAAAUACAGAAACAAGUACUACGAAAUUAUAAGAAAAAUAGAGCUUAAAAAAUCAAACAGAAUGAAAUAAAAACCAUGGGUUGCCUCUCAUGCAGCACUGAAUUUAAUGUCUUCAGCUAGACACUUUGAUCUUACUCUUGAAUUUUUUUUAAUAACAAAAUUUCUUUUUCUACAAGGGGUUUAUGUUCUAUGUAAUGUUUAAGCCGCUGUUUGAUAAGUCUUCAUUAUCAUGAGUUAA